UUCAAACCAAAGACGCCGCAACCUACAUUCUUUCAAACCGAAGUCCGUCGUUUAUCUGUCUAUAGAUCCUUCACAAAAUCGAAAAUAAUCAACUUCUACUCCACAAUUAUCCUUCAUCGUCUAUCUAGCGCAUCAUCCUGCAUUGAAAUCAGCUAAUUAAGCAUCAUUACUACCGCGUUCCAACAAAUCUGCCCCUCGCUUAUUCGCACCGCCAAGUCUCCUUCCUGUUACCGAGAAUCGUGUCGGCCACUGAAUCUUCUGCUGCUGGAUCUUCUAGUGUCGGCCCUAGAUCUGCCGAACCUUUCGUUAACAAUGGGAAGAAUGAGAAGAAAUAUCCUAAACACCCAAUGUCCCGUAGGUCAUUGACAUAAUCCGUUAUAGUGAAAGCAGCUGAAAUUGAUCAAAUACGCCCAGAUUUGGUAAAGUUCGCAGGCCGCAAGCCUGAAGAUCCAAAUUGACAGAUGGAAAGAGGAGCAUUGAAGGACCGUCUUACGAUAUUAAACCUAUCCCUUGAAGCAGUACUGAAAGAAAACAAUGCGCGGUAUGAUAAGUCCCACGGGCAUUUCAAAAGUUCGCAAGUGCCUCAGAGGAGGGUGAAAAAUAACAUCAGGAAGGAUAUUUCUAACUUGAAACGGCAAGUGGAGAGGGUGAAAGCAGAUGCCAAAGAUGUUGACAUCUGGCUAAAUCAAAUUUACACUAACCGAAUUCGCGAAUAUCCGACCUAUGAACAACAGGCGCACAAAGUUGCUCAGGAAGGAAUAGCAAAGAUGAAUGAAGGAGGGGAAUAGCCCGUGGAAUGUUAAAAAGUGAU